AGCGAGACGUAGCCCGACCAAACCCUCAGCCCACUCCCAGCCUCCUAGCCAAGGCCGGAACUCGGAGCUGCGGCGCAAACCUUUCUCUGGCGCCCGGAUCAACUCGACGCGCCAUGCGGUAGACAGCCAUGACUCCGGUGGCGGAAACGCUGCUGUCACAUCCUGUGCCGAGGGCCUUUGAAGAUGGCAAGCUCCUCCCAGUGCUGCGAUCCCCCACGGAACGGGGCCACAGCCCUGUCAGCGAGAUGCCGCGGAACAGCCCGGCACAUGAGGUGCAGCCCAUGCGGAGCCUGUCAGCACCCUCCAUGGUUUGGCAUGUCCACGAGCCCCAGCCAGAAAAUCCCCGGCGUUUCACCUCUGCCCCGCAGAAGCGGGAAACGAAGAGCACAGCGGACCUGAUCGAAGUGCAGCCGCUGAGCGCCACAGAGUUGAACCACCUCGGCCGCAUUUUGCAGGGCCAGUUCGGGCGAGUGCAGGAUGACACAGAGUGUCCGUCCACGCCGGCCAACGGCGAGCGGAGCGGGAAGCUAAAUGCGGCGACGGCAGACCUGGAGCUGAAUGAGAAGAAGAAGGACUGCAUCCAUCGGUUGGCAGAUAGCCAAAUCUUCGUGGGGUUCUUUAUGAUUCUCACCGUCUUCGCGCUCUUCGCUCCGGAUCUGGACCUUCUUUUUGGCACUGUCGAAUCGCAGUAUACCUUGAGUUUGAUCAUGACAGUGGCCUGCUUCCUCUUCCUCUUUGAGAUCCUGGUGCAGAGCUUUGGCAAAGAUGGGUACAUCUUUCGUGCCUACUUCUGGCUGGACGUGAUUGCGCUGAUCUCGUUGCUCCCAGAUACCUGGCUCUUCAAAGCCGUCUUCGAGAGCAACCAGGCCUUCGUGGCAGGGCGCUCCUCGCGCCUGGCGCGGUUGCUGCGCAUCGCCUCCCGCUCCUCCAAGGCCACCCGUCUGAAUCGCCUCACCCGCAUCGUGCGGGUUGCGGCCCUCAUGCCACGGUUGGGGAAAGUAUGUGCCAAGCGCGUGAAGGUGAACGACACCAACCGCGUGCUGGACAAGAAGUUGCGUCGCGUGUUCAACUUCAUUGACACCGACAUGGACGGCCUGGUGCCGAGAAUGGCGCUCAUCAGUGUGCUGGCGAAGCUGAAGGCCGGGGAGGCCUCGGACGACAGCACCGUGGUGAACAUCAUGAAGUCCAAGGUGGUGAGCACUUUGGGUGCCAUGCGCCGACUGACCAAGGCCCAGCGAUCAGAGCCGCACUCGGAGGGUACGAGGUCCAAGUGCUCCCUUGCGGACUUUGCUCCGGAGUCGCCCACGGUGUCCCAAGCAUCGUUUGCAGGUGCCCACGACUCGCCCAGAGACCGGGAGAGCCGUCCGGAGAGCGCGCAUACAAGUCCGCGGCGGAAGUCGCCCAUGAGCCGAAGUCACACCACCGCGCUGCAAGCGAAGAUGAAGGCAGUGGCAUUGGCAACUUCCACGGCUUCCCAGUUGACGCGGCAGACACCGGAGGAGGACGAGUCAGACGAGGUCAUCGAUUUCCAGGAGUUCCGUCGGCUGAUGCUGGAGGACGAGUGGGUGGCCAGCAAGCUGCGGCUGGCCUGCGAGGAGCAGCUGAAGGAGGCCAGCAACAUGAAGAACCUCACGUCAAAGCACGCGGAACAAGUGGCUGUGAAGGUCGCGCUGGGUGUUCUGCUGCUGCUCUUUGUGCUGAACCUCAUCGAGCCCUCCUUGAAGAACAGUUCCCCGCUGCGGGGCCUGCGCUUCUGUGAUCAGCUGGUGCGCGCAGAGUACCCGAACGUCACCGACACUGCACCAGUACCUUCGCUGGUCAAAGAGCAGGUUGAGGUGUGGCUGGAGGCCGUUCAGAAGAGCAUAGGCACAAGUUCUUUGCUCUACCUGGACUUGGACAAGAAGGUCUACUGCAGCGAAAUACCAGAACACGGAGGCGACCCCUGCACAAACAGCUCCUACUUCUCCGGUACGCGUCGGGAGCUCUAUGCGCUGGACGAUGAUUUGAUCACCACCGGCUACAGGCAAGCAGACAUGCUGCUGCUCCGAGUGCCGGACUUCUCCAGCGCGGACGUCUCGCCCGAGGAGUUGGAGAACAAAACCACGGCAGUGGCCGUGCUCUUCGACCGGGCCCACACCUCACUGGAGGCCUGGAUGUCUUUGCUCACCACGGUUUGCGUGAUUCUCAUCAUCCUCUCCGGCAUCGUCAUGCUGACUCGUGACCUCACCUUUCUCUCUCACCACCUCUUGAGGCCUUUGCGGGACUUGUCGGACGAGAUGGAGAGCAUUGCUCAGCUUCAGCUGGCCGGUGUCAGCACGGAUGGGGAGGAGGCGGUCGGACAGGAGGAGACCAGCGAGGUGCUCCUGAUCCGCAGGACCUUCGGCAACAUGAAGAAGGCUGUCCGGUCCUGGGGCAAGUACGUGCCGUGGCCGGUAGUGCAGCUGUUGCUGCGUGCGGGGGACGAGGCCAAGCUGGAGGUCAAAGACAGGGAGGUGACGAUGUUCUUCUCGGACAUCGCGAACUUCACGACGAUAGUGGAGAGCAUAGCGCCAGAGAGCUGCUUGCUCCUCCUCAGUCGCUACUUCAAUGACAUGUCCAAGGUCAUCGACGACCAUGGGGGCGUGGUGCUAGAGUUCAUUGGGGAUGCGAUCCAGUGCAUCUACGGAGCUCCGCUGCACAAUGAGCAUCACCCAACUUCGGCCGUGGAGGCGGCACUGAAGAUGCUGGGGGCCCUGCGCCGCAUCAAAGAGUGGUGCCAGGACAAGGGUCUACCUGAGGUGAGCAUCAGGUGUGGCAUCCACACUGGCCGGGUGCUGGUCGGCAACAUGGGCUUUCACUCGCGCAUGAAGUACGGCAUCGUAGGCGAAGAGUCCACCAUCGCUGCCAAGCUGGAGGAAGCGAACAAGACGUACAAGACCCGCAUCCUCAUCUCCGAACGGACCUAUGAGAAAAUGGCGCCAAACGACUUGUUCAUUCGCCCUGUGGACUACGUGCAUCUUAGACAGGCGCAGGGCAACCACAGCGAGCUCAUCUACGAGGUGAUGCCCAUGAGAACGAAGAGGCCAUCCCUGGUGAACCGCAUCAUCUCCUUGCACGCCGAGGCGAUGUUUGACUACAGGAGACACGAGUUCUCCAGCGCAGCACGCAAGUUCGAGCAGGUGAACGCGAUCCUGGCGGACGUGAACGAUGGCGAAGACGUUCCCUCAUCCUUGAUGGUGAAGCGCUGCGGGACAUUGGGGGAGGUGCCCCCACCCAGCGACUGGGACGGUACCUGGGACGCCUACGUGGACUCCUUGGGAGUGAAUGGUUGAGGCCGCCGAGGUCGCACACGCUGGCGACUCUUUUGAGAGGUAGGUGAUUUUCGCAUAGGAUUUGGUGGCAGCUCGGGGCUUCUUGGCCAAGCCUGCGAAUCGAGGC